AGAGAGAGGCAAUGGACGACAGCAUCAACUGUUACGUGGUCCCGCAGACCACGGGCACCGGGCGGAACAUCUUCCAGGGCGGCAGCCCGCUGCAAGAGUCGCUGCCGCUGCUCGGCGUGCAGCUCGUGCUCAUCGUCGCCGUCACCCGCGUCCUCUACUUCCUCCUCAAACCGUUCAAGCAACCCCGCGUCGUGUCCGAGAUCAUGGGAGGCAUCAUACUUGGCCCGUCCGUUCUGUCGCGUAGUCCGGCGUUCAAGGAGAUGGUGUUCCCGGCGAGGGGCGACCCGGUGCUGAGUACCGUAGCGACGUUCGGGCUCAUGUACGUCAUCUUCCUCAUUGGCGUGCGGAUGGACCCGAUGCUCGUCGUCCGCUCAGGCAAGAAGGGCGUUAUCAUUGGCCUCUCCGGCUUCCUCCUCCCGCUGGCCAUGACCGCUGCGGGCUCCUCCGGCGCCGCAAUGUCUGCUGAGCGCGACGUGACGCGGCGGUCCACGUUCCUGUUCGCGCUGGCGACGUCCCUCUCGGCCACUUCCUUCGCGGUGCUGUCGCCGAUCCUGUCGGAGCUCAACCUCCUCAACUCGGACCUCGGCCGCAUCGCCAUGUCGGCGUCGAUGACCACCGACGGCAUCGCGUGGCUCAUCAUGGUGGGCUACAUCCUAGCUGAGGCGUUCCUCGUGUCGCCCGUGACGUCGUUCUGGGCAUUCCUCUCGGUGGCCGCGCUCGCGGCGUUCAUACUGCUCGUGGUUCGCCCCGUCGCGCUCUGGGUGAUCGAGCACACGCCGCCAGGCAAGCCGGUGGACGAGACCCACGUGUUCUUCUUCCUCCUCAUCGUUCUCCUAGUCGGGUUCUACAGCGACGUCAUCGGGACCAACUCGUUCCACGGCGCGCUGAUGCUGGGGCUGGCGAUCCCCGACGGGCCGCCGCUCGGCACCGCGCUCGGGGAGAAAAUCGAUGCCAUGGUGUCCGGGCUGAUCCUGCCGUUGUACUACGCCAUGACCGGGCUCAGCACCGACGUGUGGCGCCUGCACUGGGGCAGGCUGCAGCUCGUCGUGUUCCUCGGGUGGUUCGGGAAGCUGAUCGGCGUCAUGGUGCCAUCGCUGUACCUUGAGAUCCCCCUGCGGGACGCCGUGUCGCUAAGCCUCUUCAUGAACUCCAAGGGCAUCGUUGAGGUCAUCACCUUCACCUUCUUCCUCACGAACAAGCUGAUAGGGAAGGGCACGUUCAGCGUCCUCGUGUGCUCGUCGGUGGCGAUCACGGCUGUGUCCGUGCCGGUCGCAGGAUGGCUGUACGACCCAGCACGGCGCUACGCAGUGUACAAGCGGCGCACGGUGCAGCACCUUAAGGCGGACGCUGACCUGCGGAUCCUGGCGUGCGUCCACGACGAAUCCCAUGUCCCGGGUACGCUCUCGCUGCUCGAGGCGUCACACGCCACACCGCAGACGCCCAUCGGCCUCUACCUCCUCCAGCUCGUCGAGAUCGCCGGCCGCUCUGCGCCGGUGUUCAUCCCCCACAAGCUCCGCCGCAACGCCUCCCGAGUCGCCACGCCCAGCACGCCGCCCACCGACUCCGACCGCAUCAUCAACGUCUUCUUUCGGUACGAGCUCCGGCACCCGGACGGUGCCGUCUCGGUGCACCCCUUCACCACCAUCUCCCCCUACUCCUCCAUGCACGACGAGGUGUGCCGCCUCGCCGUCGAGAAGCGCACGUCGCUGAUCCUUCUCCACUACCACGAGCGCCACAUGCUCGCUGGCGGCGUUCACGCCGCCGUGGGUCUCCGCGUCGUCAACCGCAAGGUGCUGGAAGUGGCGCCGUGCUCCGUUGCGGUGUUCGUCGACCGCAACGCCGGGAGCGUGGGGAACAUGAAAGUCCAGGAGGAGCUCGUCGGCGACAUGGAGAAGAUCGUCCAUGUCCUGAGGGGCCUCGACAAGGCUGGCUACGACCUCAUCAUCGUUGGCAUGCGACACCGGUGGUACCCGGUGAUGUCCGCUAACGGGCUGUCGGACUGGAGCGAGUGCCCCGAGCUCGGCGUCAUCGGCGACCUCCUCGCGUCCUCCGACUUCGACACGCCGUACUCUGUGCUCAUCAUGAAGCAGCAGGACCAGGGCGGCUUGAACGCCGCCGUGCCAGGAGCCCAAGACCUGUGGCAUGGUAACUACGGCGGUGGCAGCGGCCCGCCGCCCCGGACCAUAUCGAUCGCCGGAUCUAGCAAGCCCCGGCAGUAGGACCGGAAUGAGUAGCACUGUUUGUUAUUUUGAUCUAGAAUGUACAUUCACGGAUUGACCUCCCUAGUUUCAA